UUUUUUUUUUUUUUUUUUUAAAUUCUUAAGAAAAGCAGUGUGCCAGGGCCUGCCCUUGCACUUGGAGUGGACCAGGAGGUGCUGCCUCGCUGGAUCUCACUCCAGCCGUGCUUUGCUCCUCUCUGUUCUUGCACUUGCCUCAGUGGCCUCUACAGCGGAGCCUCUUGCUGGCUCUUCCCUCUGCUUGGGAUGCCCCUGUUAUUUUUCCCUGCAGUCUUGGAGGGCUGGCUCAUUGGUCAUUAUUCACAUAUCAUCUCUGUCUCACCUCGUAGACUGCUGACUCCCCCCGUGGCAUCCCACUUCCGUUGUGUCCUGCAGGUUUCCUUCCUACCUUUGCCCUUUUUUUUUCUUGAGACAGAGUCUGUCUGUGUUGCUCAGGCUACAGUGCAGUGGCACAAUCUCGACUCACUGCAACCUCCACCUCCCAGAUUCAAGCGAUUCUCCUGCCUCAGCCUCCUGAGUAGCUGGGAUUACAGGCACACAUCAUCACACCUGGCUAAUUUUUGUGUUUUUUUAGUAGAGACGGCGUUUUGUCAUAUUGGCCAGGCUGGUCUCGAACUCCUGAACUCAAGUGAUCCACCCUUCUCAGCCUCCCAAAGUGCUGGGUUCACAGGUGUGAGCCACCGCGCCCAGCCUACCCUUACCUCUUGGGGACGCCUCUGUGGCUGGACUUUGCUGUCAGAGCAGGGCCGCCCAUGUCCAUCUCUUCCCAUGCUGAGCCCUUGCACCUGACACGGGCCUGGAGCUGGCAUUCGGGGUUUAUGGAACAGCAUGAAUUUCUCCUUGACAUGGGUGUCGUAACCCCCAGUUCCAGAGACUUGGGAAGGUUACACUCAGCCAGCAAGUGACCGACCCAGGAUUUGAGGCCGUUUGGUUUCAAGGUUGAUGUUUUUACCAAAUGCCACGCUGUAUAUUCUGCUUCUGACACUAGUGUGCGUGCCACUUGAAACCACUUUUAUCUUUUUAAGAAAGUUUUGGGCCUUCUGCAAAAAUAAAAGGAACAAAUUGUCACAGAGCCCUCUGCUGGACGUCGGCAGCUGUGGCAUCCUGGCGUGGCGGUUUCCUCUGAGCGCACCCGAGUACGCAGUCUGUUUUUGAUUCCUAUCUCGCUGGUGGUGGGCUCUCGGCCAACAGGCAGAUCAAAAGAUGGAAUGUGUUCAUUUGGCCAUUUUUUAAAAAACUGAGGUACAAGGGUGCACUUCUUAAAGACAAGGGCGCCGUGGGUUAGACUCCGUGGGUCUGAGCUGGUCUGGCUUUUGUGCUUUUUUUAAGGGUUCAUCUCAAGUUUCUUUUUCUGGUUGAACAAUUUUUUUCAACAUUAAUAACUAAUGGAGAAGAGGAAGAGGCAAAAGUAGAACCAUAUGGCGGCAUAAACGCGAACCUCACUUGUGGCCGGAAACUUCUGAUUUGUAUCUCUUCGUGUGAUCAGCUGUUGGGUUGGGUGAUUUAAAAAAAAAAAAAAAAA